AUGUCGAAUGAAAUUGAUUUCCUCUAUGGGUUGGGAGCGGCAGUUACCUCCCCAGAAUCCCAGAAUCCCAGAAUCCCCGCAAUAGAGGUAGUGGAGAAAGGAAAUGCGGAGAAACUGUCCCGUCUCAAGAGCUACUGGGUAUGGGGCUGUGAACCCCCACGCUCGGAUGGAUUCCGGGAUCAUCAUUGGGGUUGGGAAUUACAGAACUAG